AGGGUCUUCACUUCAGCAGAGGAAGAGCAGUCGUCGGCGUGACACCGGAGCGUCACCCACAACGCGCCUUGGAUGCGUCGAGUUCACCAACAUGUCUUUGAACGGAGAUGACGAAGACUUCGAGUGGGAGCCGCCAACAGCCGCAGAGAUGAAAGUGAUCGAGGCCCGCCGAGAACGACAGGACAAAAUCAGCAAGAUAAUGGGAGACUACCUGCUCAAAGGGUUCAAGAUGCUGGGGGAUUGCUGUGAAACGUGUGGGACGAUCCUUCUCCAGGACAAGCAGCAGAAGAACUACUGUGUAUCAUGCCAGGAGCUGGACUCCGACGUCGACAAAGACAACCCAGCGUUGAACGCCCAGGCGGCCCUAUCUCAGGUGAGGGAGAGGCAGCUCUCCUCUCAGCCGCCGGCCCCCGAUCCCAACGUAGGCCCCGGCGGCCUCCAGGCCAGCGGGUCCGUUCCCCUGCCCAGACCGGAGCACUGCGAAGGGGCAGCCGCCGGGCUCCGAGGCGCCUUGCUUCCGGCCCCUCCCCCAGCUCCCUCCGCCGUAGCGGUCUCCGCCCCCGCGUUGGCCACCCCGGCGCUCCUGCCCGUGGCCACCCCCCCGCGCCCGACCGGCGUCCAGCAGCCCGUGCUGCGAGAGGCGGAGGAAGCCAUCCUUACCAAGCUGCGCUGGGCCAGCUGCCAGCUGCAGACCUCGGCCUCCCUGGAGGCCAGCAUCCAGCUGUGCAGCCUGAUCACCAGCUGUGCCAAGUCUCUGCAGAGCCUCCGGGAGCUCAGCCAGUAGAGCGGCGCUGUGGAACACUGCGAUGGCUGGCGGGUCCUCCCUGGCCUACAGUCCAUGGCAGAUGAACUGAACCAUAGGGGCAACAGCAGCUGGGUUCUGGUUGGCUGGUUAGGGUCAGGUGGUACAACAUAUACGUCAUAGUGCGGAGGAGGGAUGUUAGUGGGCACCUGAGCAGAGAUGGUGCCGUCCCUGAUGUUUGGUUACCCUCACUUUUUGCUGUCAACUGCUUUGCUUCAUUGGGGGGGGGGUCCACACUUUUAAUGGACAGACAGGUGUACUUAUAUUAUUGCAGGUUGCUAUUAUUGGUCCAAAACUCUUGACCUCUGAUCUGAGAUUAACCUGUUUAGGUGAUUUCAGAUUGGUCGGCUUGGUUUUUGUGUGGAAGGGAAAAAGAAUAAAUAAAAACCUUUUAGGUAUACUAUUACUGUUACUGUUGAAAUAAACAUGUCAUUUCAUUUGACUAAUUUACAAAAAAAACAAGUUCUCGUAGUUUGAGGAUGUUUGUCCCUUCACAAAAAAGUUACGAUGGAUAUGAGACCAAUAUUUUAGCAUGAGCUCGGUAGUAUUCUGAAUUUGGAUGGUCAGUCAUAUCUUUUGGGAUUCAUUGUGGGAAUUACACUUGCAAAACAUUUUGAAGAAUAUUCCUCAUAAGUAUUACAAGUUAUUGUUUGCAAGUACAUCAAAUGUGCUUAACCUUGGAACUAGUAUAUACGGCCUUACUUCCUAGUGCAUAGUUUAUGUUGUCCCUUACCCAGAGAUAAAGCACUGGGAAACGUUGAGUCAGUCGCAGAGGCUCUACAUGUUUUGGUUUGGUAGAGGCACGUACCUAUGCAGACCGCACAGAUGAGGUCUGCGUGUUCUGUGGGACUUUAGGGGUACGGAGGAUUUAGCUGCUCUGUAAGCUACCUGAAUAAAUGUUGCUGUAAAGAUCUU